AUGAACACCGUCACCCUCCGCACCUCCAACUCCCCCCACUCCUUUCCCAUCCACAAAGACCUCCUCAAAAAAUGCAAACCCAUCAACGCAGCCUUUGAAAAGUCCUUCCAAGAAGGCCAAAAAGGGGUAUAUACGUGUUCCGACACUUGCGACGGCACCCUCUCCUGCUUCAUCGAAUGGGCAUAUCAAGGGGACUACUCGAUCGAAUCCUCAGAUACAUCUACAGAAGGUCACGAUAACCCCCUCCUAACACAUAUUGAAAUCUACAUCUUCAGCGACAUCUACAACGUUCCAUCCCUCAAACAGCUUGCAUUCAACAAAUUGCAAACAUCCCUCGCAGACACCGGAAAGCCAGACGACAAACCAACACAACAAGCCAUCAUGGCCUUAAUUCAUACGGCCUUUACUCGUAUCUCACCAUACGACGAUAUCCUCGACUGGCUGGCUCAGUAUGCAGCAUACUGCGUUGAUAGACUGCAGCAGCAGCCAUCGUUUCAGGAUCUGCUUGAGGACCAUCCUGCCCUUGCGUCGCGGAUGAUGCACUGGUUGAAUCCGGCGACUGCGCCGUGGGAUAAUCGCGAGGAGAGGUGUGUGCCGCAGACUUCGUUGACAGACGGGUAUUGUUAUUAUUGGUGA